AUGGAGGCGCCGGCCGAGCUGCUGGCCGCGCUGCCCGCGCUGGCCACCGUGCUCGCGCUGCUGCUCGCCUGGCUGCUGGUGCGGCGCGGAGCGGCCGCGGGUCCGGAGCCUGCGCCCCCCAAACCUGCACCCCCGGCCGAGGCCAGCGGUGCAGACGCGCCGCCGCCACCGUCGCCGGGCCCCUGCGCCACAGAGCCGGCGGGGCCGGGGGAGCCCGCGGGGCCCGGGGAGCCCCCAGCGGCGCCGGCCGAGGCGGAGCAGCAGGAGGCAGAGGCGAGGCAGGAAGAGGAGCCGGACUCCGACAGCGAGAAGGACCCGCCCCCUGCAGGGCCCGAGGAAGAGGAUGCAGAGGCCUUCUCCUUUAAGUACCGCCCGGGCCAACUGAGAGGAAACCAGUACAAGAAGAUGAUGACCAAAGAAGAGCUGGAGGAGGAGCAGAGAGUUCAGAAGGAACAGCUGGCUGCCAUCUUCAAGCUCAUGAAGGACCACAAGGAGACGUUCGGGGAGAUGGCCGACGGAGACGUGCAGGAACAGCUCCGGCUCUAUGACAUGUAGCCCGACCCACGCACUUGGGAUUUCCCAGGCUCCCACGGGCCUAGCUUAUCCACAUAGACGUAGACAUGCAUUAGAGAUGGAUUUGCACGGUGCUUGCAGUGGAUGUGUCCUUUUAGAGGAGUUCACAUGGAGCUCUUCACACGUGUUUUUUUUCACGCCGAGCACGUGGGCUUGCUGAAGAGGCUCCAGCUGUGAUGUGGGCUGUGGUCAGCUGACCCAGACCUGUCUCUGUGCAGACCCACAGCUGGUGGCCUACUAGAGCUGACUUCAGGGCUUGGUGCUGGGCGCCCAGCACAUGGAGGGAGUGGAGGGGGCUUUGGGGCAGGCUGUUAGCAGUUCCUGAUACCUGUCAUCCUAGCUACUCAGGAGGUGGAGAUCUGAGGAUCACAGUUCAAAACCAGCCUGAACAGAA